AUGAUAUUCAAAGGAAACUUCUUAGCUAAAGAAACAAUCUCUAGAAUAGCUCAACUUAUAAAUUAUCAUACAUCUAGUAUUCUAUAAUAAAAUUAAAGAACACUCCACCUUAAUGAGACCUGGUCUAGCCAUAAUUUAAGUUGGAAACAAUCCUUCUUCUUUAACAUAUGUUCGUAAAAAGAUAGCUCUUUGUGAAGAAAAUGAAGUACAUCAUGAACUGUAUCAUUUCCCAGAAACAAUCACUCAAUAAGAGAUUAUUCGUCAAAUUAGAUUUUUAAAUAAACAAGAAUCUAUAGAUGGUAUCCUAGUUUAAGUAUAUAUAAUAAUUAUUAAAUAAAAGCUUCCUUUACCUCCACAUUUAUCAAGAUUAGAAAUAUCUAAUGAAAUUAAAUUAAGUAAAGAUAUAGAUUGUUUGCAUAUGGCUAAUUUUCAAAAUCUUCUUCAAAAUGGUGAGAAUAACGACAUAAUUCCAUGCACACCAGCUGCAGUGCUUCAUAUAUUAGAUACCUAAGGAAUCGAUGUGAGAAAUCAAAAUGUUACUGUAAUUGGUAGAAGUCAUUUAGUUGGAUUCCCAUUAUCUGUACUUCUACUUAAAAGAAAUGCUAAAGUCACCAUAUGUCAUUCUGAAACUGCUGUGUAAGAACAUGUUGAAAAAGUAUUUCAAUUUUUUAUAAAUUAUAAGGCUGACAUUGUAAUUUCAUGUGCAGGUCAUAAAGAAUUGGUUAAAGGAGAUUGGAUCAAAAAUGGAGCCAAAGUUAUUGAUGUUGGAAUUACUAGAAUUCCUGGAACCAAUAAAAUUGUUGGUGAUAUUGAAUUCAACAAUGUUUUUAAAAUUCUUAUUUCUAGGCACUUCCUAAAGUUAGUUUCAUUACACCUGUACCUGGAGGAGUUGGUCCUUUGACUGUUUCCAUGCUUUUUAAAAAUCUAUAUCGAGUCUGGUGUAGAACUAAUGGAUUAAAAUUAAACAUCGAUGAAUAAGAUAAAGAAAUGGUAUAUGCCCAAAACUACUAAUUCUGA